AUGAGUGAGAACGUGAUUUCGCUGCGAAAGGAAUCUGGAGAGACUAAAGACACCCAAAAACCGAAAGAAGCGCAGUCUGUCACUACAAAUAUUCCGCAGAAAGUAAAUCCAAACUACAUCGAAUGGAAGGUCGGUGACCGUUGUGAGGCGCUAUACAAGGAGGAUAAUAAAUACUAUCCUGCGAUUGUUCACAAGAUUGACGAAUUCCAAAUUGAUGUGACUGUGUUUUAUAUUGGCUACAACUCGUCGGCCGUUCUCGAUAUGUCUCAAAUUCGCAAACCUACAAGUCGCUGGGAUGUCGCAGAUCGUCUUCCUGAGAAGGAUAUCAAGCCAGGAACGAAAUGUCGAGUCAUUUUCCACGGUGAUGGUAAUUUCUACGACACGAUCAUCGAGAGCGUGAAUGGCGACGAUGUGAACAUUCGCUACACCAAGUUUGAUACGUACGACAAAGUCCGCAAGUCCGAUCUGAAAAUGGCAGGCAAGACGGAAGACGUUGUUUCGGACGAUCUCCGCAUUCUCCCAACCGACGACAAGAAAACGGUGAAUCUAAAGAAGCGAAAGAUGUACAUGUUGCAGAAAGAGAAGAAAGCGAAGGAGGAGAACGAGUACUACAAAAACAAGCAGUCCGCGUGGCAGCAAUUCCAGCAGCGAACGCAGAAGCGAAGAAAGCUUCUGGUCGCGGAAGGAGUGAUUUCGGAUCCAUUCAAGAAAGAAAGUAUUUUCCGCACGUCGGAGGGAUCGCAGAGGACAUCGGGAGCUGCUCCGAUCGAGCGAACGAUGACACCGGCUCCAAAGCGUGUGAAAGUGUGUCGUGUUUGUGUCAACAAAUAA